UAGCAGAAGAAGGAAAUGUAGUUGUUGGACUUUCUUCCCCCAGCUCGGUGGCAUUCCUCCUCAGACACCUGACGAUCCUGUCUAAUUCUCUCAGGAUCACAACAUUGUUGGCUCGGUCCACUGUUUAUUACACAGAGGGCAGCUCAGAGUCAAGCACAUUGCUGUGGGUCUACAGUCCCACGUAAUUCAGACCAGCAAUUCUUAAAGGCACUUUGUGAAGAAUGCCACUGACAUGAUACGAGUGCUUAAUUUAACCUGCAAAUCCAAAAUGACGAGAUCCUUCUGCAUUUUUUAUAUCGAGUGAAGGCAGAGAGAAAGCCCCGCUCUGCUUCAGCUCUGGCCUCAUUGUCCUGAGGUCAGAGCAGCUCAGUACAGACACAUCCUCUCCUAUGAACAGGUUCACUUACGUGGUGUUACAGUCUUGCUGGGACUGCCUGCAGGAAAUUCUCUCCUUUCCAACAAGACAAUUGGGAUAACAGCAGCUGCAUGGAGAGGGAAAGAAUAAUGAACGUGUGCUUGAAAGGUUUUACGUUGAUCUUGGGAAUUGCCUGCAUCAUAGUUGGUAGUAUCUAUUUGGAUUCUUGUACCAAGCAACACUUGAUCCCAAUUUAUCUGAUUGUUUCUGGGAUCUGUGCGCUACUCUUCCUGAUGGUAUCUCUGAUUCCACGAUCUUCAGACGAGAACAACAUUCGCAAUAAAUUUUGCCAAUUUUUCACCCACUUGGAAUCGUUGUUUUCAUUCUUCUGGCUUAUAACAGGGAGUGUUUGGAUCUACAGCAUCUACCAGCCGGAUUAUAUUGACAAAACAUCCCCUAAUUACUGCAAUAAAACGUUAUAUCUUUUUGCUUUUUGGAUCACCACUAUCACAUAUAUCUUUCUCGGGCUUAUGAUGCUGUUUGGAAUUUGUGCCUGUAUUUUAGGUGGAACUGUGAUUCUGACCAAGCAUUUUUCAAACACUUGAAUAAAGAAAACCUUUGUCCCAUCUUAAUUUGAGAAAUUUGCACCAAUUUCCCAGCCAUAAACUCUUGGCUUCCGCUGAUGAAUGAUAGCUUUUAGCACAGCGCGCUUUGGACAGCUUUUGCAAAAGGUUUCUUACAUCUUCCAGUUCUGCACAAUCUACACCUGAUAUUUCAGGAAGUCAACUGCACUUUAUCUGUUUGUCACUGUGAAACCAAUUGAAUUAUGUUUUAAAAAGGUUUUGGACUUGUCUGUGAUGCAUUUCAAAUAAAAAUCAUCUUCUUAAUCA